AUGCAGCGUUGGUGGUUUUUGGAAGAAAAUGGCGAUGCAAAGAACCCGCCUUCGUCUGCGUCCCAGAAGACAGAAAUGUCCACGAAGAAACUAAAGCAAGCAACGCCGGCUGGUGAUCGUCGGUAUACGUUCCGCGUGCUGGUAACGUACGAUUUGCUGAAGGAUGAAACCAUUGCCAUAACGGGCAGUUGCGAAUCCUUGGGAAACUGGGAUCCGGAACUGUGCGUACAACUGCGCCCAGAAAACGAUGGUGAUAGAAAUAUCUGGCGUCUGGCAACGGAACUGCCUCGUGAUGCGUCUGUGAAAUAUCGCUAUUUGAUCUGCUCGGUCGAUCCAACCAGUGGAAAUGUGCACGUACGACGCUUCGAAACUCACAUUGUGCCCCGACAGGUCCCGCUCGAUCUGGCAGACGAGGAAGUACGAACCACCCAAGUACAACCAAAGAUCGACACGCUCGGUGAUAUCGACGGUAAUAUUAAGCUGGACAAGGGUUGGCUCACGACCGAAACCAUCAUGCAGUUUAAGUUCUUCGAUAAUCCGUUCUCGGUGAAGGAACGCAUCAAGAACCGGUUGCUGUAUGUGAAGAUAACAACGAUGAAUCUUCGCAUUAAUGCGGAAUCCCAAAAUCUUUCCUCGUUGCUGGAAGAAUCGCUUUCGAACGAUACCCGUGAGAAUGGUGCAGAAUCGGCAACCACCUACUCCUUCACGGAGGUAACGUCGCUUCGCAACCCGAAUGUUUGCUAUGAGCAACAGUCCCAGUUCGGUUGUCCGUAUCACAAGGACGAUUUUCUUAUCUACAACGUAACGGUAGCAGAGCCUGAGAACGUGGCCUAUCUCGUCGAUCUUUACACGUACAGUUCCAAGUCGAAGGAAGACGAACCACCGUACCAUCUGGGUUAUCAUUACAUUCUGCCGAACUUCCUGAAAAAAUCCGAGGGUGUCCUUGAAUUGCCGGUUACGUGUGCAAGCAAACAUCGGCCACUCGGCAUGAUGCGGAUUGAGUACCUGAAAAUAACGCCACUUUUGCCCACGCAAUGCACGCUAGAGCGAUCUUACAUUCGGUACUGGAACAAACGUUGGACCGGCCUGGACGUGGGCCAUCGUGGAUCCGGCACCAGCUUCAAGGCGAGCGAUGGCAAUGUGAUCCGUGAAAACACGAUCGCUUCGCUAAAGAAGGCGGUCGCGCACGGUGCCGAUAUGGUGGAGUUUGAUGUGCAACUGAGCAAGGAUCUGGUGCCGGUGAUCUAUCACGAUUUCGAUAUUUAUGUAUCGCUCAAGCGCAAAACCACGCUCGAAACGAACGAUAUGUUGGAGCUUCCGAUGCGAGAACUGACACUUGAACAACUCCGGAACCUAAAGGUGUACCACGUGGUGGAAGGUAGAAACCGCGAAGCCAAAUUCUUCGACGAAGAUUUGGAGGAGCACCAACCGUUCCCUCAGCUAGCCGAAGCACUCGAUCAGAUAGAUCCACACUGUGGCUUUAACAUCGAGAUCAAGUGGUCACAGAAGCUCAAGGAUGGCCGAAUGGAAUCAGAGUUAACAUUCGAUACGAACCUGUACGUCGAUUGCAUAUUGCGUGUGGUGCUAGCGAAAGCCGGCAACCGGCGGAUUGUGUUCUCGUGCUUCGAUGCCGACAUCUGCACAAUGUUGCGUCUUAAGCAGAACCUCUAUCCGGUAAUGUUUCUAACGCUCGGCGUCACCAGCCGAUACCCGAGCUACCAUGAUCCACGCUGCAACUCGAUCGAGACGGCCGUGCGCAAUGCGUAUGCAACCGAACUGUUGGGUAUCGUAGCGCAUACCGAGGAUCUGUUGCGCGAUCAAACACAGGUGAAUCUGGCGACCGAGAAAGGAUUGAUCAUUUUUUGCUGGGGCGAUGAUAAUAAUUGUAAGGAUACGAUCAAGCAUUUAAAGAGCCUCGGUAUCCAUGCAAUCAUCUACGAUAAGAUGGACAUUUACUCGGACAAGGCGGUUAAGGAGAGUGUAUUUUUAGUUGGUGCGCGUGAAUCGCAAGCAGCACUGCUGCAGCAGAUUAACAUCGAGAACCGUUACGAGCAGACAAAUCAGCACGACUUUAUAAACGAUAAGGACGUUCGGCUCAGCCUGGACAAGGCGACCUCAUCCACCUCAACUCCAUCGAUUUGA